CGUACUAAUCAAUAACACUCACCCAAGUCAUUCAGUCAAAAGUAGACUUCUACUCCAAAUCUAGAUUCUCUAUUCUAAUCCCAAGAACCCCCAUGUCACCAAACCCACCGCCGGGCUCUUCUUGUAGCCUCUCUCUCUCUCUCUCUCUCUCUCUCUCUCUUCAUUCAGGGCCUUUCUGUGGGGUAAUUGAUGGGAUGAGUGUCGGCAGCAAUACCCACCCGUUUGGAUUGGAGUAGAGCGAUUUUGUUGGGGUGCCAAUUAAUAGCAAUUAUGAUUCCGACUUAUUAUUAUUAACAUGAAUGAAUGAAUGAAUGAAGAAGAGCAAGGAGGGCGAGGCGAGGCAAGCUGUCUUUUCUUUUUCUGCGCUGUCGCUUUCUCUCUCUCCUCCCUCUCUCACCAUCCCUUCGUAUGAUUAUCAUCUCGUGUUGUUUUCAUUCGGUUAGUUAAUACGGUAACCUCGUCGUAUAAUCACACUUACCCCCCACCUUUUUCUCUUUCUUCUGCUUCUUCUUGUUGUUCUUCUCCUUCCACUUGUUUUCUCCAGUUCUCUUCAAAGUCGUUAUUCACUCCUGGCCUUGAAUGAUUGCGAAGAUUCUCAUGAAGAGGCUAGUGGCACUACUUUUUAUUCUGGCAUUAAGUGAUGCUGUUGAACCCCUUGGGGAUCAAAGUGAAGGACAAUGUGAAUGCCGUACGCCUUUGGUCCCCAGACCUCACAGUGUGUCCAUCUUGGAAUUUGGGGCAGUUGGGGAUGGGAAGACACUGAAUACAGUUGCCUUCCAGAAUGCCAUCUUCUACCUUAAGUCAUUUGCGGACAAGGGUGGUGCUCAGCUCUACGUCCCACCAGGCAGGUGGCUUACUGGAAGCUUUAACCUCACCAGCCACCUUACACUCUUCCUUGAAAGAGAAGCCGUAGUUCUUGGUUCACAGGACUACUUCAAUUGGGAUAUAGUUGAACCAUUACCUUCUUAUGGCCGAGGGAUUGAACUGCCAGGUGGAAGAUAUCGCAGCUUGAUUACUGGAAAUAAAUUAACUGAUGUGGUGAUAACAGGCGACAAUGGAACUAUUGAUGGCCAAGGUUCUGUGUGGUGGGAGCUGUUCAGUUCUCAUUCCUUAAACUACAGCAGGCCUCAUCUUGUGGAGUUUAUUUGCUCUAAUGACAUUGUUGUAUCAAAUAUAACCUUCCUAAAUUCCCCUGCUUGGAAUAUUCAUCCAGCAUAUUGCAGUAACGUGCUAGUUCAAAACAUAACUGCCCAUUCUCCUCCAGCGUCUCCUUACACCAGUGGAAUAGUCCCAGAUUCUUCCAAGCAUGUGUGCAUUGAGUACAGCAAUAUUAGCAUGGGUCACGAUGCCAUUGUGCUGAAGAGCGGUUGGGAUGAAUAUGGAAUUUCCUUUAGUAGACCAACCACAGAUGUCCACAUCAGGGGUGUCCGACUUGAGUCUUCUUCCGGCUCUGCUCUAGCUUUCGGUAGUGAGAUGUCCGGUGGCAUCUCAAAUGUACUUGCACAGCACCUUCACCUUCACGAUUCAUUCAUUGGAAUUGCAAUCAAGACAUCAAAAGGCAGGGGCGGUUACGUAAAAGACAUUCUCAUAUCAGAAGUGGAAAUGGUAAAUGUUCAUAUUGCUAUUGAGGCAACAGGUCAAUGUGAAUCCCACCCAGAUGAUAAGUUUGAUCCUUCUGCACUUCCAAUGGUGAAGGGCCUCACCUUUAAGGACAUAGCUGGUACAAACAUCACUACUGCAGGAGCAUUCUCAGGGAUCUACGACUCUCCCUUCACAUCGAUUUGCUUAUUGAAUAUUUCUUUGUCCAUUGCUUCUGACCCCUCCUCUACCUCUUCAUGGGCAUGUUCUGAUGUUUCGGGUUUCUCAAAGAUUGUCUCUCCUGAACCAUGUCCUGACCUCCAGAGCUCACUUCCUAACUCUUCCUCGGCUUGCUUCUUCCUAAUGAAUCCAAGAAGUCGUGUCGCAAUUUUCUGAUAAAGAGACCUUCGAAGGAUGUUUGUUGGCUUCAUCCAAUCCAUAAGUUGUGGGACUAAAUGCUUCUUCAGGAUCCACUUUGAAUUUAAGUGGUAAUUGUCCAAUAAAAUGCAGAUUCAGACUCUUCCAUCAACUCAAUUGAACAUCCUCAAGUCUUGCAGUGUCUUAUCCUGGUCAGUUGCUCAUGUACAGCCUCAUUUUCUUUAUUCAUGUGUAAGGAAAUUUUUGGUAGUGCAGCGCACAGAUACGUUUUGGUUUUUUAUAUUUGUUUUUCCUGUCUUGUUUUUUGUUUUCCUAUAUUGUUUGAAUUCUAUUUUUUGGUAUUUAUGUUUAGGAUGUAAAUCUGUGUAUUGGCACACUGGGAUUGGUUAGUGGUAGAUAGGUGGGUGAGAGAAAGAGUAUUCAGGGAGUGGUAUUGUUGGAAUAAAAUCUUCUUUGUUCUUGGGAAA